CAUAGGGUGACCUAAAAGAAAAGCCCAUAGGCUCAUUGAGACAACUACAUUAGAAAAAGAUCACAAAACCUUAAACCCUUCUUUCACCCUUUGACGUUCCUCCUCUCCGACGCCGGUUUCUCUACCUCUGCUGCUGUUCUCUUUCAAUCAGUGAUAAGCUAUCAGUGUGACCAUGUAUCUUCAGUUUUACAUAAACGAUAAUGGUGACAAAGUCUACACCACUAAGAAAGAGUCACCACUUGGGUUAGCUACACAAUCUGCUCAUCCAGCCCGGUUUUCACCUGAUGACAAAUAUUCGAGGCAGAGAGUUCUUCUGAAGAAGCGUUUUGGAUUGUUACCAACCCAGCAGGCACCUCUCAAGUAUUGAGUGAUAUAUAAGCUCUUAACUAUGAAGUGUUUUUCAUUCGGUGCUUAGCUGUGUUUUCUUAUCUAGUGCUGGUGUUAAGUAAUUGAGCCAGUUAUGUUUGUUUUUUUUUUUUUCCUGAACUAAUGGCGUCAAAAUCUGGCUCGAAUGUUGAAAUGCACUUUGAGUUGAUGUUUGCAGUUAAUAUAUUCUUCUAAAGAUAUCC